UGGCGCACAUGCGCAGUGGCGCAGAGGCGAGGUCGCGGCGAAGCCGAGGCGAGGGGGUUUCAGGCCGGGUUUCUCAGCACCGGGUUGGAACGUGCGCCUUCUUCUGGAGUCGCAUAAUCCUUCCCGAGAAAAGAAGUGGCAGAGCCAGAGGUCCCUCUGCAGCGCGGAACAGAGCCCGCCACGCAGGCGCCCGUGACGCCGCCGCCAUUGUUGCCUGUGGCCUCUCGGGCCGUUCUGGUUGCCGAGUGACGGGGUCCCAGCGACAGCUGCAGCAGCUCUUGAUAAAAAUGGUUUUAUGGCUGUAGCAUAAGACUUCAAGCAGUUGGCUAAUUACUGGAGAAAUAAAGGAUAUUGCCAGAUUGACUGUCCUGUCUAUAGAUAUGUUAGCCUCAAGAAAGAGGAUGACCAGUUCUUCACGCUCACAAAUCCUUCUAAUGUGGAAGCCAGACAAAGUUCAAAGUGGAACCCACAAUGUUGAGAAGAAAACCCUUACUUCAAGACUCUUGCGUGACACUGAGACCUGUCGGCAGAAUUUUAGGAAUUUUCUGUACCCAGACCUGGCUGGUCCUCGAAAGGCAUUGAGUCAACUCCGAGAGCUCUGCCUUAAGUGGUUGAGGCCUGAGAUUCACUCAAAGGAACAAAUCUUGGAGCUACUGGUGCUGGAGCAGUUCCUAACCAUCCUGCCUGGGGAGGUUAGGACUUGGGUAAAGUCCCAGUAUCCAGAGAGCAGCGAGGAAGUGGUGACUCUGGUAGAGGAUUUGACUCAGAUUCUAGAAGAGGAAGUUCCUCAGAACACUGCUCUUUCCCAGGUGAUUCAAGAGGAAGAUCCCAGAGGAAGGCAUGCUUUCCAGGCAGGGUGGCUCAAUGACUUGGUAACCAAAGAAUCAAUGACAUUCAAAGAUGUGGCUGUAGACAUCACCCAAGAGGACUGGGAGCUAAUGCGUCCUGUACAGAAGGAAUUGUACAAGACGGUGACAUUACAAAACUAUUGGAACAUGGUUUCUCUAGGACUGACUGUCUACAGACCAACUGUGAUUCCCAUAUUGGAAGAACCAUGGAUGGUGAUAAAAGAAAUUUUAGAAGGCCCUAGUCCAGAAUGGGGAACUGAAGCCCAAACAUGUACUCCAGUAAAAGAUAUUCCUAAACUCAAACAGGACGGAACCCAGACCAUCAAAUUGGAAGAACCAUAUGACUAUGAUGACAGAUUAGAGAGACAAACUACAAACGUCUUCAAGAAAUUUCCCACUAAUGAAUAUGAUUUCAGUUUGAAGUCUGAUUUUUCACAAGAACAUGAUCCUACAGAAGAAUAUCUUAGUAAAUAUGAUAUAUAUAGAAAUGAUUUUGAAAAGCAUUCAAACCUAAUUGUACAGUUUGAUACACAAUCAGAUAAUAAAACUUCUAUCUAUAAUGAAAGCAAGGCAAACUUCAGUAAUGUCUCAUAUGGUAUUGUACAUGGGAAAAUACUUCCUGGAGAGAAGCCUUAUAAAUGUAAUGUGUGUGGGAAAAAAUUUAGGAAAUACCCAUCCCUCCUAAAACACCAAAGUACCCAUGCCAAAGAGAAAUCUUAUGAAUGUGAAGAAUGUGGGAAAGAGUUUAGGCAUAUCUCAUCCCUAAUUGCACAUCAAAGAAUGCAUACUGGAGAAAAACCAUAUGAAUGUCACCAGUGUGGUAAAGCCUUCAGCCAGCGUGCACACCUCACCAUACAUCAGAGAAUUCACACUGGAGAGAAACCCUAUAAGUGUGAUGAUUGUGGAAAAGACUUUAGCCAGCGUGCACACCUUACUAUACAUCAAAGGACACAUACUGGAGAGAAACCAUAUAAAUGUUUGGAAUGUGGUAAAACCUUCAGUCAUAGUUCAUCACUGAUUAAUCAUCAAAGAGUUCAUACUGGAGAAAAACCUUACAUAUGCAACGAAUGUGGGAAAACUUUCAGUCAGAGUACACACCUUCUGCAGCAUCAAAAAAUACAUACUGGGAAAAAACCAUAUAAAUGCAAUGAGUGUUGGAAAGUUUUUAGUCAGAGCACUUACCUUAUUCGACAUCAGAGAAUUCAUUCUGGAGAGAAGUGUUAUAAAUGUAAUGAAUGUGGAAAGGCCUUUGCUCAUUCCUCAACUCUUAUUCAACAUCAAACUACUCACACUGGAGAAAAGUCCUAUAUAUGUAAUAUAUGUGGGAAAGCCUUCAGCCAGAGUGCAAACCUCACUCAGCAUCAUAGAACACAUACUGGAGAGAAACCAUAUAAAUGUAGUGUGUGUGGGAAGGCAUUCAGCCAGAGUGUGCAUCUUACUCAACAUCAAAGGAUUCAUAAUGGAGAAAAACCCUUUAAAUGCAAUAUAUGUGGGAAAGCUUAUAGACAGGGUGCAAAUCUUACCCAACAUCAAAGAAUUCAUACUGGAGAGAAACCCUAUAAAUGUAAUGAAUGUGGGAAAGCUUUUAUUUAUUCUUCAUCACUUAAUCAACAUCAGAGAACUCAUACUGGGGAGAGACCCUAUAAAUGUAAUGAAUGUGACAAAGAUUUUAGCCAGAGAACAUGCCUUAUUCAACACCAGAGAAUUCACACAGGAGAGAAGCCCUAUGCAUGUCGUAUAUGUGGUAAAUCUUUCACUCAGAGUACAAACCUUAUUCAGCAUCAACGUGUUCAUACGGGUGUCAAACAUCGUAAUUAAUGGAUAUGGGAGACUUCAUUUAGGUUUUUCAACUUCAUCCUUAAAUUUUACUUUGUGUGCUCUGUGUGUUAAAACAUUAAAAAUAAAUCUGAAGAAGUGCAAUAUGUUAGAUACUCAGCAGAAGUAUCCAUAUUAGUAAUAUGGAUAUAACUCAUUUAAAUUUGAUAUGAAAUUUAAAAAGGAAACUUCAUUGACUUAGCCUUUAUUUGAUAUCAACUUAAUUCAUUUCAGAGAAAAAUAUGAAAUUAUAUUCAAAAACUUGUAACUCAUCAACUCAAUGUAAUUUCAUAGACUUUUUGAGGCCUUAUGAAUGUUGCUUGGUAAAGUAUCCAUCAAGUAGAUUUCACACUGGAGAGUAAUCUUGGAAUUAUAGAAAAGAAAAAAAAAUCUUUGGGGCCUUCAUUUCUUCCCAGCUUGGAAGCCUUAAAAUAAUUAAAGGUUACUUUCCCUUUUCCAGUUAUGCCAUAAUUGUAAUAUGGAUCCAAUAGAUUUGGAGAAAAAAAAUUGUUGGAAGUAUCUCAAAGAUUUCUGUGCCACCAACAUUUAACUGCACUUUCCCUCAAAUCUGAAAUAUUAAAGGAAGUGAAGCUUAAGGAAAGAUGAUAUGUUAGGACAGAGAAACUAGUGUAUAUAACCCUUAGAUGUGUACAGAUUUAAAUAGGCAAAUAUUAAAGACCCCCAAGAUUAAUCUUUAAAACAGGUUAGCCUUAAUUUCACCAGAUUUUAACAUCCAGGGUUAUCCUGAAGGAAAAAUUAGGCAUACAGUUCACAUUUUUUUCAUCUGAAUCCUAAUUCACUUUUCCCCUGUGGCUCUUCUGCUGUGAGAAAUCCAUUUAUUCCUUUGAAACACAUUUGAGUACCAACUGUGCCCUGGCCCCAGACUUCCUGAUUGGAUCCUUUCAAGGCUUGUACAGUGCUGAAAAUCACAGCUGAUUUAAACAACAAAGCUUAUUAGAAUACUGAGAAAGGACAUAAUCUUAACUAAUUUGCCAUGGAAUGAGCACAAGAAAUCUGCUAAAAUGGGUUGUCAAAUGCUACACCUUAGCCCAAGUUAAGGAAGUAAUUAAAAAAGUUUUGUAAAUAAAGUGAGGAAAAUAAGCAGAAAACAGACUUGUGUUUAGUAAGUUGGGGAAAUGUAAAAACAGUGAGGAAAGAGAAUACAUAGGUAUCAUAUAACAUGAUAAUAUAAUUGGACUUCCUUUAUUUAAGGAAGUAGAGUGAAAUAAAAAAGCAAAACUUAGCCCAUUUAUAAGAAAUGUCUGAUUUUAAAGGAAUAACUGGAAUCCUUCCUUUGUGGAAGUAGAGGUUAUUCUUAACAUCAGGACAAAAUUCAUUGGAAAAAGCACUGAUGCAGAAACUAACACAGUAAUCACUAAACAAUGAUAACCAGGUUUAUGGGUUCUAACAAAAGGAAAACUGGCAGAAAUAGGUAAAAAUACUAUAUACUUAAUAUCCGUAGCUGAGAUUUCAUCUUGCUCUAUUUGUUCCUCUAGUGCCUUGCAUAUAGCACAUGAUCAAUAUAAGUUGGUUAAAUUAAUGAAUAACUUAUAUAAAUUAGAGUAACAAGGUAGAAUCAACUGACACGGAAUGAAAUUGGUAGAACUGGAAAUAACUUUUGUGCAUGCAUCAAACAAGUGUUUAACAAAUAUUAUUUACUGGGUAAUAGGGAUUGCAUAAAAAUGGAAAAUCAGAAAUAUAGGACAUCUUUGCAGAAGAAGAUUUUUAUGAGCUAAAUAAGGGGAAACUGAUAUAAAUUCUGGUACCAUAAAUAUAAAUUUAAGCAUAUAUUGACCAUACAGCUUCACUUAAAUAUUGCUAUUUGUCCUGCAAACAGGUACUGAAGGAGAGACUGGGGUGCUAGCAUCUUCAAGGCUAUGUUGUUGAAUGUUUUCUUGAAAAAAAAAAAUUGUUGCUUUCCUUUUUCCUGACAUUAAUUAUCCUUGAUUUCAUGGUAUCAUCCUUCACAAAGCGUAGGUUGCAAAAUGCUCAAAUUAUGCUUAUUCCAUAGUUAUCAUGAAAAAAUAAGUUGUAUUUAAGAUACUUUUUGAUGUUACUUCAUCCCUUACACAACGCUUCUUUCCAUUGGAAUGAAUGUGUGGAGUAUUAACAACCCACAGCGCCUUUCUCUGCAUUACUUUGUAUUUCCUGCCUUUGUGUGGUUUAUGUAAAUAAUGCAUUUAGAGUCUUCCACUGAUACACAGAGGCAACUGAUGCCCUUAUAAAAUAAUAGAAUAAUAGUGCAGAAUCCUA